AUGACGACGCUGGAGAUCACUCUCGACCGCUUCGACCGCAAAUACCGACCAGGCGACGUGGUGACGGGGAAGGUGGAGGUGGUAUGCGAGAAGGAGGGCGAACAACACACAGGCGUGACGCUGGGCGUGGAGGGCCUGGUCUCGCUCGACCCGGGCGGCCUGCGACUCGGCAGCGCUGCUCGCACCACCCAGAACCUCGUCCAAACGCACCAGCUCGCGCCCGGCGGCAAACUAUACGCACCCCCUCCUCUCUGUUUCCUUUGGGCCCACUUCUUUUUCUGGCUGCCCAGCACUGUCAAGGGCAUGAACGAGUUCCCGUUCCAGAUGCAGAAGGAGGCCGAGUUUGUGAUCCACGUCGACACGUUGGAGGAGGUGCCACAACCGCGAGAGGUGUCCAUCCUGCUGAGCUCCAACGAAUCCAGCCAAUUCAAGCAGGGCAAGGGCGCGACGAGCGAUGAGGAGUUCUCCGCCAGGGGCAAGUUCCUGACCACGACGUGCCACGUCAACAAACCCCUCUCGGGGGAACUCACCGUGGAGACGACGGUCGGGUGGGCGAUUGACCACGCAUCGCUCCACCUGAUGCGAAUUGAAACGGUGGCCAAAGAGGGCGGCGGCUUCAACAAGCAGGUAUCGGAGAUCCAAACGACGCAGCUGGUGGACGGGUAUAUACCGGACAGGCUGGCGGUGCCGAUCUAUCUGGUCUUCCCGCGACUCUUUACGUGCCCGUCCCUCCACGCCGCCAACUUCAAGAUCGAGUUUUCCGUCACCCUGCAGGUCACCCUCAAAGGCGGGCACGUGCUGAAGAAGGACUUCCCGCUGCUGCUGGUGCGAAAGUAA